AUGUCUUUCUUCGGUAUCGCACAGCCCAAUCAGGGCAACGUGCAGGAGUACGAAUUCGACGACACGUACGACGACAAUCUUGGCGGACAGCUGGAUGAGUCUGGCGACGCCUUCAACGACGAGACGUUUGGCGGCGAGGCGUCUGUGGGCCGGGAUUUCGACUUCCACGGCGAAACGGCCAAAAUCUCGUACGCCAUUGACGAGGACCAGGUUGCCUACGAACGCCGGGCGCCUCAGCACGCCCAGAUGCAGCACCAGCAGCAGCAGCAUCAGCAGCGACAAGCUCCCCCUUCUCUGCAGCCCAUGGCGUCUCUGUGGGGCGCUCCCGACCAGAAGGAGCGAAUCAUGGGCGACGAGGCCCAGCACGGCGGCCAGCAGGCCCAGCAGGCUCACCUGCAGCAGCAGCAGCACUACCAGCAUGUUGCUGCCCAGCAGGGCGGUCAGCAGCCUCUGUCUCUGGAGCAGAUUGAGGCGCAGCUGAUGGGUCGACAGGCCCAGGCCCAGGGCCAGCAGCAGCAGCAACACGGUGUGCCUCCCCAGGGUCACGCUCCUCCUCAGGGCCACUUUCCUCCCGGGUACGGCUACCAGGGCUUCCCUCCUGGUUACCCUCCUCCCCAGGGACACCCCAUGCAGUACCAGCAGCCCUGGCAGUUCCCUCCCCUGCCCAACCAUGAUCUCAACAUGCAGAUGAUGAUGCACUACCAGCAGCAGCAGCAGCAGCAGCAGGGACAGGGACAGUUCCAGCAGCCUCAGUUCCAGGGACAAUCUCAGGGUCAGCCCCAGGUUCAGGUUCAGCAGCAGCAGCAGCAGCAGCAGCAGCCCCAGGCUCAGACUCAGGGUCAGCCCCCCGCUGUCGCUUCUCAGCCUGCUUCUCAGCAGCAAGCUGCCCCUCCUACCGCGCCCCUAGGCCCCAAGGAGGACAAGGCCAUCCCUACCGCUCCUCAGGGCUUCCAGGGCCCUCCCCACUCGGGUCCCUACGGCUACCAGCCCGGCCCCGUGCACGUAUCGCCCAACCACACGAUCCCUCCCAUGGAUGAGAACGCGCGACUGGCCAAGCGAAAUGAGAUGAUCAGCAAGCGAAAGCCACACAACAAUCUCAUGACCGGCGGUGACAAGGACUUUGUGCUGCGAGUCCAGCUCCAGCAGAUGGUCACCGAGGACCCUUACAACGAGGACUUUUACUACCAGGUGCACUCGGCCAUCAACGUGCGAUCCAACCCCAACCAGCCGCUCGACGCCUUUGCGCGAACGUACCUGUACCAGCGGGGUCAGCGGGGCCGACGGGCCCGCGGCAACGAGAACGGCCUGCAACGUCUGCAGCAGCAGGUCCACAAGGCCGUGCAGUUUGUCAAGGACCACCCCAAGAAGGACUCCAUUAUCUCCCAGGGUGCUCUCGGUAAGAUUCACCUUGGCAGCAACAAGGGUCCUCGACAGGCUCUCGACCUGCGAAAACGAGAUGAUACUCCCGACGCCGACAACUCUACUGAGGCUCCUACUGAGGGAGUUUCUGCCACCCCCGAACUUCGAUCUGCUACCCCCGUGGCCACCACCACCACCACCACCGAUGCCAUUCGAUCCAUCACCACGUCAAUCUCCAAGUUCAACCUUCAGGGCGGCUCGUACGUGUCUGCUAACGACAAGCGAGGUAUUCUGCGGGCCAUUGAGAACGUGUACAUUGUGCUGCUACGUCUGGAGGCUGCAGAGAGAACCCAGCCCGAAGACGACCUGUCCGACGAGUUCCAGGUGUGGAAGGGAGAAAAAGACGCGCUGGUGACCCAGCUGUGGCGUGAGCUGCAGAUUACUGCGCCCAUCGACCAGGCCGACGGCUCGCUGCACCCCUUCAUUGCCAUGCUCUCGCAUGCCAAGUGCAAGAAGGCCAUUCCCCGAGUUUUCCGGCAUAUUUCUGCCGAGCAGCGGCUCACCAUUCUGACCAUGAUCAUGGCCCACAUUGGCGAUUUGGACGUGGUCAAGAAUGGCCACUACAGCGGCGAGGAGUCGAACCUGCCCGCCAAGUCGCGGGAGGCCAUUGAGGUCUUCUCUCAGACCGUCCUUCCUCCUCUGGUGCAGUACAUUUCUGAGGCCGAGUACGGCGUCAUUGUGGGUCUGCUGGAGUUGAUGAUGGAUCGAAAUGACACUGCUGCUGUUGUCAAGACCAAGGUUGGAUCUGCAUUUGUGACUGUUUUGAUUUCCCGGGCCGAGCUGAUCAACCAGGAGGGCUCUGUUUCUGCCGAAGAUGAGGAGACCUGGAACCGCAUUUUCAACCGUGUUUUCGGCAUUGUUCAGCGCAACAAUCUCAACUCCCUGUUCCCUCCUCGAAAUGUGGACGAUUCUUACGUGUGGCAGUUCCUGGCGUCCAUCGCCUUGGCUGCGAAGAUUGAUCACCAACGUGUUAUGGUUGACGAUGUGCGGGACAAGAUCUUUGGUACUAUGAACGAGGCCAAGGCUCUUCCGCCAGAUCUGUCGCAGCAGAAGAUUAACAAUCUGAACCUGUUCCUUAACGUCAUGGGUCUCAAUGCGACCACUUCGGAGAUUGGUGAGUUGCAGGGGUGA